UGACCACGCCCCCACAUGACUCCUCCCACCUGGCCCGCCCACGUGAUCUCCCCCUCCGCCGCCUGGCGCUCUCGCGAGAAACCGACGCGCGCAUCCCGGAAGCGGCGGGCGGUAGAACCCGGAAACGGUGGCAGAACCCGGAAGCGGCGGCGGAGCAGGAUGGACGACACGCUCUUCCAGCUGAAGUUCACAGCGAAGCAGCUGGAGAAACUCGCCAAAAAAGCUGAGAAAGACUCCAAGGCCGAGCAAGCCAAAGUCAAAAAGGCUCUUCAGCAGAAGAACGUGGAGUGUGCCCGCGUCUACGCAGAGAAUGCCAUCCGCAAGAAGAACGAGGGGCUUAACUGGCUCCGCAUGUCUUCCCGGGUGGACGCGGUGGCCUCCAAGGUCCAGACGGCGGUGACGAUGAAGGGGGUGACGAAAAACAUGGCACAGGUGACCAAGGCCUUGGACAAGGCUCUGAGCUCCAUGGACCUGCAGAAGGUGUCUGCGGUGAUGGAUAAAUUCGAGCAGCAGGUUCAGAAUUUGGACGUUCAUACGUCGGUCAUGGAGGACUCCAUGAGCUCUGCUACCACGCUGACCACGCCGCAGGAGCAGGUGGACAGCCUCAUCGUCCAGAUUGCGGAGGAGAAUGGCCUGGAGAUCAUGGACCAGCUCAACCAGCUCCCCGAGGGGGCUUCGGCAGUCGGGGAGAGCUCGGUUCGCAGCCAGGAAGACCAGCUGUCGCGGAGGUUGGCCGCCUUGCGGAAUUAAGGUCUCCUGUGGCCGCUGCGGACUGCUGCCCUGCUCUGGUGGGAUGGCACGUGGGCUGGAGGGGCCUGGGACUCCUUCCCCACUUCUGCUACAUCCUUGCUCUGACCCACCAGCCGGGCAGAGCCGGCCUCCCCCUCCUCCAGCAGCACGUCCCCAGCCCUGCCCGCCUGCGGUUAGACUCUUCUUUUGGGGUGCAGCAGUGACGACUGUUCCCAGGACAGGCAGCAACCCUGGCAGGGGGGUUCUGAGCAGAGACGGCCUCUUCUGGGCUUGAGGGAUGCUUUGCUGGUUCUGCUUUCAGGGUGUUUUUCAGUUGAGGGUUGCUGCUGGUAUCUAGCAGCGUCCCAUGACACAACCUCCCGCUCCUGGUGUAACACUAAAGCAGUCCUUCUGGAAGCGGGUCGCGGUGCGUUCUGGGGUGCUGCUCGCCUGACUCCUCUGCGCGUGGCACGCUUCUGUCGUUAGCUGUCUCAGACCGGCUCUCUGAGCUCCGCGUCCCUCGGGGCCCGCAGCAGGGAGCUGUUUACAAGGAGCAGGGGAUCCCCACAGGGCUGCCUUCCUCUGGCAGCGGUUUGGGAAAGGUUGUUUUCCUGGCUGUGGUGUUUCUGGGAAGGUUAGUGCCUUGCAGGAAGGGAAGGUUACGCCGUGGCAUCUCUUCCCUCGCAGUGACCUUCCCGAGCCAUAUCCGAGUGCCCUUGUUUGCAGACUUCACCUUGCCACUCACUCUCCUGCCGGGCCAGACCUCCCCGGAGCUCCAUACCACAAAGUGACCUUUGAAGUGCUUGUCCUGCCCUGCUCAAGCCCUUCUGUGUUUGCCUGUAAAUCCACCCGCUCCCCAUCUCCGGCUGCUGCGGUCUGGAAACAGUUAUCCAGGCCCUGACGUCCCAUGUGGACCCGCCACUGCUUGACAUCCAGCACCUGGGAGGGGAUCACAGCUGCUUCCAGCCCUGGGCUCGCAGCUGUGGUGGCCACAGCCUCGUCCCCAAAUGUCCCCUGGCUGGGUGUGACAGCAAAUGCUAAACUGUCCUGAGAGCGUGUCGGCCUGCGCUGGCUGCGGCUCGUCCCCUGGCUAUCUGCUGCCGUUCCCUCUCUGCCCUCCCCACCUCGCGGCAGCUGCUCUGAGAUUGGCACUGAGCUGGCUGAGCGAGGGCUGCGUCCAGGGCACCGCAGCCUCCCCGCUCAUCCGCUGCUCCCGGGGAAACGUGGCUGCUCGUCCCUCGGAGCCUCCCCUGGGGGCUGAAAUCUGUGCCCCUUCUCCUCUGGCACUCCCAGGCACGACUGAGCUGCUGGGUUUCCGGGAAGCUUGUUGGGAAGGAAAUGUAGUUUCCUUUAGCUGUCACGAGGAGGAACCUUUAGCUUCUUGCCGCGGUGCUGUGCAGCGCUGAGCUGUGCCAGGAGCGGGCGGUUGGCCCCGCUGCAGUAGGGCAGCUCUGAUCCAUCGCGUUGGAAGGGAAUUUCAAGGCAUGCACAGCUGCUGCUCUGGGCUGUGCUUGGGGGAAGGAAGGGGAACAUGGCGGGGAGGGGGAGGCAGCUCCCAGAGCUGGCUCACCUCCCGGGCUGCCUCUGGGCAGGAUUUGCCGUGGGUCAGGGGCCAUCUCCCUAGCACUUGCAAUACAAAACACUUUUGGUUUUCAUUAUUCUUGCAUUGAGUGACCUUGGCAGGGCGUGGCUAGUGACCGACAGAGGUGACCGUGGAGGGGGAGAAAGGGAGAAAGUCACUUGUGCAUGAUGGAGCAUCAGAUCUUGGGCCUCCUUCCCGUGGGCUGGGCAGAAAGCAGGGGCCCCAGCAGAGAUUUGUGCCUGUACCACGGAGCAGGAAUGCUACCAGGGCCAGGCAGCCUGGCCCUGCAUGGGGGUCAGCUGUGGGGCUGGGGGCCGGGACACACCCAGGGAGCCCCGACCCCUGGAAAUGCUCCUUAUUUCAGUGUGGUGUUUCUCUGUGGUUUCAUUUGUGUGGUUUUUUUAAAGCUUGUCUCAUUUGCCUUUUCUCCCAACUCCUGUUCACCACCUUCUGCUGUUUUAAAUAAACAAUCCCUGAACACCCA